AUGGCAAAGACAAAGAAGCAACAACAUCAUGAUGGACAUGAUGAUAGGUUUGAGAUAAUAGACUUUACAAUUGCUUCAGAAUGGGAGACAUUGGUAUCAAAACUGGAGAACAUUGUAAAGAAAUGCUUGAAGAGUAGACAGUCAAUAUCGGAUGUGACAAUCAACUUUAGACAUCAAUCAUAUCAAUUCAUCUAUGUCACUCCACUUGCAUCUACACAUCCCGUCACCGCUGCCACCUCAGCCGGCAGUGGAUCAUCAACACCAUCAACUGUACAGCCAAACAACUUUAUGAAUCCAAAGAAUGACUUUGCAAUGUUCCCAACUACUGAUCCUGCUAAUGCUAGACGUCAUGAGCAAGAGAACUUCUCAGACUGGUUUGGCGUUCAAGAGUACUUCCUGAUACUUGCACUUCGCGACACUGGUCCCGAGUUAUCAGAGCUGUCAACCAUCAUGUCUGCAGUCACCGUGGCACUUCACAAUGAGAACUGCCAUAUACCAACCUUUGUUGGAUUCGAUGAGAAGAGAUUAGAGAACUUCUUGGGAUAUAUGUACAUGCCGAUCAAGCGUAACAGCGAUCAUUGCUUCGAGAUGAAGCUUGCAACCGAGUCCAUCUCCAUCCCAUCCCUCAAUGCACAUCAGAACAUCGCAGAGUCUAUCGAGAAGCAGUUAAGGAUACUCUAUGCCAAGCUUUCACACGACCCUGAUGAUCGCAACUGGGAUAACUUCCUUUCAUUGACGACCAUCUCUUCAAAGUACACAUACAUCAAGAAUGACUUUGGUGAGAGUGUUUGGAGGUAUACAGACACCAAGCCAACAUCUCCCCAUCCCCAACAGCAUCAGCAACAACAAUAUACUCAACAUCAACAACAACAGCAACAGCAACAACAACCUCCACAGGAGGUAGAUGAAGACGAGACAAUGUCAACAUCAGUUAUGGAGAGCACAGAGUUGUUUAGAUGGGGAUAUCCAAUGGACCCAAUCGAACAGCUUCACUUUUGUGUCAUGUAUCCACCUUUGAAGAGCGCUCAUAUAUUGGAUGGUGACUUUGACGCGAUUCAAACAAAGAGCUGGUUCAUCAAGUCAAUCUAUCGCAAGCCACACAGCUCACUCUUCCAAAUGACACUGGGCAUCGUCAAUGUAUUCAAUGCAUUGUUGGACUCUAACAAGACUCAAUCAAUCUAUCAAUCACUGUCCGACUACAACAUAAAGAACAGGUACACUCUUUCCUAUCAACAGAAGAAUGAGCAGAUGCAGCAACAACAGCAACAUCAGAACCAGACAAACUCUCCAGACAUGCGCAAGGGCAAUCAAAGCGACAACCCAAGUUUGAUCAAGACGGUCGGCUCAUUCAAGAAGUCUCUGGCAUCAUCCCUGGCCGCGCCCCUCAUCCCCAGUGACCACGAGAUUGACUUUGUACUACGCGAUCUCUUCUUUGACAAGAAGGACAGCAACGAUCCAACACAUUUCAACAACAUCCACGAGGACAUCCUCAAUUCACAGCCACAUCCAACAAAGAGCACAGUGAUCAAGAGAGCACCUGUCGAUUCUUUGUUCUUCUCCUUCAGCUUUGUAUGUUUGAAUGUACAGAGCUUGAUUGGCAUACUCGUGUUCUGGUCAGAGUUUGUCGAGGAGAUCAAAUGGCAUUGGGAGCACUCCCUGCCCAUCCCACGAACACUUGGCAGCGACAAGAUCAACAUGAACAACUGUCUGAUAUUCCAGAAGAUGCAAAUGAUCAAUUAUUGUAUCUCUAGAAAGGUGAAGGAGAGACGAUCAAGGACCUCAUCAAAGACACAGGAUGACUUGACCAAGGGUGCCCAGGUAAAGACUCAGUCCGAUGGUUGGAACGAUGAUGAACUGGAGGGACUUGAUGACAUGCCCGUAGAUACAGAUAGCCCACCAUCAGGAGGCGGAGACACAUCGCCUGAGAUCCUGAAGGGUCAAUACCUAUUGUACCAUGAUAGAGAGAUUGUAAUACCAGAGACACAAGAGUUUGGACCAAUGACUGACGAUCAGAUAAUGGAGCAGUUGGAGGAGAUGAUGAAACUUGGUGACUCGGAGGAGGCUAAUGAGAUGAGAUUGAAGAAGCAGACACCCUCAUUGCUCUCGGAUAUGGAGUCAUUCAAAUAUGCCAACAAGGGAUGUGUGUUUGAAGACUUUAUUAGAUGGCAUUCAAGACGUGACUGGGUACUACACAAGGAGGACGGUAGCAUACAGACACCGGAACAGCCAUCGCCAGCAAUGGACGCGUCACUGGAUGUUGACGAGUUUGGCAUCAUCGAGGGUGGCGAGAUAGAGGACGACGAGUCUCAAGGCAGGACACGUGGCAAGGGCUUUGGUCGUGAUGGUCAUCUCAGCUCACGUAUGACCAGGAAGAACAUCUGGCGCAAGACAUGGAGAGAGGCAAAGGCACAGUCAAUCGACGAACAAGAACCACUCUUUGAUCAUGUCAAGCAGGCUGAGAAUGCGAUCCAAUACUUGAGAAACAUUAACCCAAAUGACCUAUUGUAUCAGAUGAUGUCUGUAAUACUAACAUCGAUAGCUCCAUUGUUCUUGAAUGAGAAGUCCUCUGGCUCAUCAGUGCCCAAUGAGCUGUGUCUUGGAAUGAUCUCCAAGCAGACCAAGAAGAGUGUCGAUGACUACUAUGACACUUUGAUCAAGAUUUGGCCCAACCACCAAGGAGCCUUCUCCGAGAUGAAGAGAACAGACUUUGAUCCACUGUUCAAGGCGAUCCAGGAGGUCGAGAACAGCACAUCCAAGUACACUUCGUUGAAAUCAAAGUUUAAGAACCUGGAUAGGAUCAUUGGCAAUCUGUACGAAAGAGGAUACAGUGACAUCAAGGAAAAUGAGUUUGCUUUGGUAUCGGAGUUGAUAUUCGGAGAGUAUGACGAUGCCUCGACUGUCAAGCCAAACGUCAAGGAGUACAUCACCAGAAGCUAUGCUCCAAGACCAUUCCGCAGUUCUCAAAUGAUGCCACAUAGGAUGUACACAUGCGUAUCACAGUUUGAGUGUAGAGUGGCAACAGUCAUCUCUGAAGAGGACCAGUGA